GUAGAAAACACUCUUGCCGUACCGGGGUUUCGUAAGUUCGUUUAGUCGGUGUUCGGUUUGUUCGAACGUUUCGUACUCGCUACCGUUGUUGGUGAAGGUGAAAUUUGCGUAGUUUUAAAUGAGAAAAACGAUGUGAUGUCCGGAAAUUUUCUGCGAUUGUUAAUGAAAGUGUUCAAAAAAUAAACAUACUGUGAUAUUCAUGCAUCCUGCUGUGUUGUGGAAAUAACGUUGUCGGAUGAGAUCAUACCAACAACAUUAAACAUGACUGUUUAAUAAUUUGGCAAAAUAGGUUUGCAUUCUGGAUACUCAAUUUUAAACAGGUCAUCGUGGAGAUUAUCAUAGAAACAUGAGCAUUAAAAUAUUUAUUGUUGUCCUACUGCUAUCCCUGGUCAAGGCAGCAUCCAAGUAUUACGACGGCCCGGUACGACCGUACGAGUUUGGCUACAGCAUCGAAGGUAACCAGCAUCGGAAAGAAUCAAAAGACGAAAAUGGCAUCGUUAUGGGCGAGUUUGGCUUCAUCACCGCCGACAAUGUUUACCACGUGACAGUUUAUGCUACAGAUGAAAAUGGAAAUUUUAAAAUUAUCAGCAUGAAAAACUACAAACUGGGCCCAACGGUUCCACCGCAGCCACAAGGUUUCGCGAGGACGGCGAUAACCACCAGCACCACAACGACAACCUCGACAACUCCACAACCAUUCAGAAUAAUCACCACUGCCCGGACACUUACCACUCCUAAACCGUCCGACAUUGCUGCCUGUGGAGGAUGUAAAAUACCGGAACCACCGACUACAACCUCAAAAACCAUUACGGAAGCUACACUGCCUGAAACUAGCACCCAAUUUGUACCUCCAUUCAAAAUUGUAAACAAGAAUGAUAUCGAGAGUAUUACAACGACCAACUCUCCGAAGUCACUUCCAACUACCACCAGUGCCGUUAGUGCGCCGAAAUCCGACCCCGAAGAAACUCCGCAAAAGCUCGUCGAGAAGCAAUCAAAUGAUAGAAAUUAUAGUUCGAAAGAGUCGACAAACCCGCCGAAAGCUCCUAACGAUAUGCAAACAAUCAGCAAUACACCUACCACCCAAUCACGAUCGCAACCCCAAUCGUCGUCACCCAACGCUAUCAGCAACAGUGAUGGUGCAAAACAGUCUCAAUCUAAAUCGUCACAGUCAUCCAAAUCAGCGCCGACUACGCCACCAGCAUCACCGAAAAGCUUCUCAACGAUGGAAAAGCUCGACCGCUACAACACCGCCAACAUGAUGAUCCAGCACAUACUGAACGGGCUGCUGUACCGGUUCAACUACACCGUCGGCUUUCAUGGACACCACGAGCAGGGCGACCGACAGGGCAACAAGGAAGGUGGCUACUACGCGAUCGGUCGGGACGGCAUUCGGCGCGGUGUGACGUAUACGGCGAAUGAGUUUGGCUUCCAGCCGCACAUCAAGUUCGAGAAGGUCAGCCCGGAGGAGACGCCCCGGGAGGAAACGGAAAAGAAGGCCGGACUUAAAGGGUUCGACUUCCAGUGGUUCUGGGGGAAGUCGUGAAAGCUGGUUGCCUGCCGGGCCGAUCGACGGUUGCGGGGCAAGUGUGAUCUGAAUGUUUUAGACGCAUAGUGAAAAUGGUUUUAUGUAGUUGCAUAUAUUUUAAGCUGUACAUUUAAAGGAAGAAUACUCAACACGUUUCGACUUGUAAAUAAGUAUUUAUAGAGCGCCUACGAUA